UCAAAUCGCCUAGAGACACCCAUCUCGCCUUGAUCUCCAUGGGCGAUAGUUGAGAAAAUGGGGUUGAAAGAAGAAGAAAAAAAAUAUUUUUUAAAAUAAUUUUUCUUGUUUUUCUACUUUUUUAAAGUUGAGUCAACCGGAUGCUUUUUGUAGAAAUUCGUUAGUGUAGCUCUCCGAGAUGACUCAGGGUCCAACUUUUCUCUCUCUUUUUUGAAUGCGUGAAUUUCCAGCACUGGAAAACCGACAAAAUCUCAGUGACCCUUAACGUCUUACACAGUUGGGUUUUCUACCGUGGACUAUACAACACGACCAUCAUCAUAAAAUGCCAUAUAUAUACAAUAUCAAAGCACAAUCCCCCGAGCUAGACAAACAUUUUCUGUUUGUGACCCUGCGCCGACUAUUGUACCUUGUCACGUUUUUUUCUGCCUUCGUCAUGAACGGCCUGUUCUUCUUCUUCUUUCUUUUAUAACAUCUCCCCCGAAACUUUGUCCUUCUCCUUCCUGUACACAUACAAAUAGGAGCUAGAGAAAAAAAGGAAGUUGCCACCAACUUUUAUACGAUUUUUUAUGAUUUUUUCACUUUGGCCCCCGAGAAGAAACUUUGAUUUGAUCCACGGCAUCGUUAAUAUCUUAUCUUCCCAGGGACCCUAAGAGUCUCUUUAAGCCCCUUUAUCCGAAAACUUAGCACAAGAGCCAACCGUUCUCUCUCUCUCUAGUGUACCUAACAAGGUGAAUGCAAUUUUCAUAUCGACUGCCUUAAAGUUUAAGGUAAUAGAGUUUGGGAAGCUAACGUCGUCCCAGUCAAUUGGGGAAUCGAUUUGGGCGUGGCGGAAACUGCUGCAAAGUUUCGAUCCAAGGAAUGUCAUUUGAGUUUUCCAUGCUGUGCUCGCAGGAUUAAUCCCGCGUGUUUCUGUUCCUUUUGUGACCCACCACCACCCACCAAAUAAUAAAAAGAAAAGGGGGGGAAAAACAGUCAGUGAGGAGCCAACAAAAACAUGUGUGCUGUAUAGCAAAAGCUCUACGCUAUGAAUGAUUACACUUUUCCUUGAUGAUUGUUUGGGAGGGGCCCGCUGAGCGAACCUAUUGUUACCUUUAGCCCAGCCAUGGCCCAGCCAUAAAAAGUAAAAAAAAAGGUAACGGACGGACCGGUACCGGGUUGGGUUUUUUCUCUCUCUCAGGGGUAAUCUUUUACAAUUUUUGAAUGUUUCCCACCCAGACAAGCUAGCAGGCACAGCACAGCACACUCGCGUCUAACAUGUGCGAGUUAUCUCGUCCAACUUAUCAGUUAUUUUUUGGAGGGGAGGGUGAGACAUUAGCCCAUGGGCUACACACGUCCGCCUUGCAUAGUUCAUCUAUUCAUUAUUAUUUUUGUGUGGGAUAUAUAGUUAGUUAGACCAUCCUCUGUCCUGUGUGUGUGUGUGUAUUCUUACCUUGAGCGUGGUUGAAUGGCAACCAAAUGAGUCUCAGUUUCCCCUCUGCAUUGUGGCCCUGCUGACAUACGAAUCAUUCCCGCCAGCUAACGGUAAUGGAUUAGGGACCCGCUCAAUGUCCACAUGAAGACUUCCAGUCAUCUCGUUGUUGUGCACGUUUGUGGUAGUGAAAGAGAUUCUUCUACUUCUGCCGUUUGAAAAAAGAAAUCGAAAAUAUUGUGGUUGUUGUUGUUGUUGUCGGUUCGAAGGAUUUGGCAUCGGCGGAUUUGACCGAUUACACACACCCAACCAUGGCAACAAUCGUCAUUUUAAAGGCCGUUUUGAUGUUAUUCGCCUGCCUACUGGUGACGCAUGCCGGGCCGGCCCAUGCCGACUGGACGGCCACGUGCACGGCCGGCUGCACCUGCAAAUGGGCCGACGGCAAGAAAGUGGCCGAGUGCCCCAGCGCCGGCUUCACGACGAUCCCCGAGAAUUUGAGCUCGGAAAUUCAAGUGCUGGAUCUGCGGGGCAACCAGCUGGGCGUCCUGGUCAACCGGGCCUUCUCCUCUGUCGGCCUCAUCAAUUUGCAGCGCAUCUUUUUACGCAACUGCAGCCUGACGCUGGUGGAGAAGGACGCGUUCCACGAUCUCAACAUAAUGGUGGAAGUGGACCUCUCUCACAACCAGCUGCAGCGCUUCAACCCGGAAACGUUCAGCACCAACGAGAAGCUGCGCUCGCUCUCGCUGAGUCACAAUCCGCUGGACAAGCUGGAAGCCCACCAGUUUCCCGCCUUGCCCAACCUGCGCAGCCUCGAACUAGUCAAAUGCCAACUGGAAAUGGUGGACAAGAAGGCGUUUAUGCAUCUGAGCAAGUUGGAGAGCCUCAAACUGUCGGCCAAUCGAUUCACCAACCUCAAACCGGAAGUCUUUUUGCCGCUCAACAAGCUCAAAAGCCUCGACUUGCAGGACAAUCCGUGGAAUUGCGACUGCCGCCUACUGGCCCUGCGCGAUUACCUGUCUGAGGCCAACCUCAACUCGACUUUGACGCUGUGCGCCGAGCCGGAACAUCUCAAAGGUAAAUCGUGGAGUCGGUUGGCCGCCGAGGAUUUCGCCUGUAAGCCGCUCAUCGACGUCAACGAACCUCACGUCGAAGGACGGCUCGGAUUUGACGUCACAUUCAGCUGUCGAGUCAGCGGCAAUCCACCGCCCACCAUCUGGUGGGUCCUUCAAAACAGACAGAUUGUCAACACGACGACGGCGUCGCAAAGUGAGCAGUUUGUCAUCCGCCAGUCGAGUCAUCCGGCCAAGAUAAACCCGAUUGCCUCGCCACACCCGCCGGAACCGCAGCAGCAGCAACAGCAGCAGCCGGAAUUGGAGCACUGGAGCAAUUUAACUCUGCGGCGCAUUAGCGAGCAGGAUGCCGGACAGUAUCGCUGCAUCGCCCGCAAUAAAGGCGGCCAAGUGGAAGCCAACGUCUCGCUGCAAACGCCGCCGGCCCCCGUCACGAUCCUCAUCGAAGAGGAGACGGGAUUAAUGUCGUACACGACGGCCAUCACCUUGGCGAUCGUGGGGGCGUGCGUCCUCCUGGCCGGCCUCGUCUUCUUGAUUAUCUGCCUGGUCCGGCGAGCGCCAAAGAGGAAGCAGCCGCAGCAGCGCGACUGCAGCGCCAACAAGAUGAACGGCUCGGCCAAAACGGCCAACGGUAACGGAUCGAUCGCCGCCGGCUCUGAACAGGAGAAAUCGCUCCUGGACAUUGAAAUGGAUCAGCACACGUCGCUGCAAAACAAUUCGACCGACGGCUAUCACGCCGUCGCUCAGACCGACAUUGACGCCCAGCAGCACAUGCACAUGCAGAUGCAGUUGCGCCACCAGCAGCAGCAGCAACAACAACAACACCAGCAACACAUGCGGAUGAUUCAGGGGUCGAGCACGUACAUUCCGGGCGAGCGGUACGACGGUGGCGGUCGGGUGCCUGAAACUCUGACGAGGCACUUGAUGAUGCUGGACGGAUGUCAAGUGCAACAGAAUCCCGACGGCUCAUUUUACCCGGAUUUGCUGGACAUUCCGCACCGGGGAGCCAGAGGCGGCGGGUCGCCCAGCACUCACUCUGGCGCGUCCAACGAGGCGCCCAAUCAGCAAAUGAUGAUGUCGACGUUGAGCGCGGCCCAGUUGGCCGGCCAUCCCAGCUACGGCGUGAUGGGCAUCCAUCCGCCGCUGCAGUUCACUGACAGCAGCAGCACGACGAGCAGCACGGCCGUGUUACUCCCAGUCGGACCCCGACCGGGUUAUGUAACGUUGCCCAGGAGACCUCGUCCGAGGAUGCCCAGCUGGGCCAGCUCUCCUCCGCCCAUGUCGUCGUCCUCUCCCGGCCCAGGUUCUCUGCCGCCAGAGGAACCGCAACAACCUCUGUACGACACGAUAGGACCUCGCGUGACGGCCGACGGGUCGUCGACAUCGGCGCUGUCGCUCAACAAAAUCGCCGGACUGACGCCCAACUCGGUCUCGAGUCCGCGCGUCCAGUCCAGCACGCUCAGCCGAGGGCACAAGAUCUCUCUUCCAGCUUACUACGUGCCCAUCGAGGAGGUGGACAUCCCGCCGUCCUCGCCGCUGGUCCAGCAGCGACGCGAUCAUCAGCAGAGUACGCCCAACAUCCUGUCGAACGGGCAGUACGAAGAUCAUCUUCACCACCACCACAAUUCCCGCCGGAUGGGCCGCAACGAGCCCGUCCUCGGUUAUUUCAACAACCACAAUAACAACAAUAGCAGCACGCCGGUCCGGCGGAUGGACGACGUCGAGACUCAACAUCUCCUCCAAGAUUCAUCGACGCCCAACAGCCACAACACUUCGUACUCUAGCGCGGCUCCCGAAGUGAUCUCGCCCAUUCCGGACUUCCGAGCGGCUGGCAGCCGGGCCAGCGUGUCUAGUCUGAGCAGCAACACGGGGAUGAGGAGGAAAAUCGCUCCGGCCGUGCCGCCCAAACCCCCCGGAUCAAUAGUCGUCGCUCGACCGGCGAGUGUCGUGCCCUAUCACGACGACGACGGCGGGGGGUCGUCACCGGCCAAAGUGGCGCCCAAACCACCGCCCAAACCCAAGAAGAGACUCUCGACGACGGGCGACUCGAUCAAAUUGGACGAUCCCGCAGAAAGCGGUGGCGGCCAGGCUGCCUACGAAGACGAAGGCGAAGACGGAACGGAAGUCUGAAGUUCACACAGUCAAGAAAGAAAUAAGAAAAUAUUUUCGAGAGAGAAAAAUCGAUGUGCCUUAAAAGAGCGAACGAGUGUCGUCGUAGAGGCGUCCAAUGACUGACGAAACCAUUUGGCAGACCUGAAAAACAAAAACAAAAAUUAACCAGAAACCCCCUACAAUCUAUUAUCUUAUUACAUAAUCCGCAGCGCUCACACGCAUCCUUGCCAUGCGUAGUCUAUAGCUGUGUCCGUUUUUUUCCCCUUUGAACGUGUGUGUUUCCAUUGCAUCAAAAUUGUAUUGCUCCUCCUUCAAAAAACAACAAACCGUAUGACAAUUUUCCGUGUUUUGUUUGUAUUUUUCUCCUUUUUUUUCGUUGUAUCUUUUCGUUCGUUUCAUUUUUUGCUCUUACCAACCCCCCCGCAAACGUAUUUUUCAUGGCUCUUUACUUCUUUAUAAUAUCACAAGGAAAAAUGUACAUACAAAAAUGUGAUGAUGUGGAAAUUGGAAGAGAGACGGGAAUAUGCGAUUGGUGAAUAUUAUUGCGCGCUUGUACAUAUUUAAUGAAAUUAAAAAGAAGAAGACGUCGGCCGCAAGUCAAAAAGAGAGGGGGAAAACAAGUAAUAGAUUUGAGAGUGAAUGUGCCAUCGCGGUAAUCUUAAUUCUUCAAGAAAAAACCAAAAUGUUGAAUCAUAAUUACAAAAAUACCCAAAAGGCAAAACACAUUUACGAAAAUCUACAAAACUUUAAUUUCUUUCUUUCUCCCGAAUUUUUCGUUUGUUUUAUUUACUUUGAUGCUGUUGCUCCUCCUCUUGUUCCUCCUCUUCCAUUAGACCUUUAAUGUAUACAAACACCGUGUCUCUAUACCAUUCCAUCUUGUAUAUUUAGCCCAUUAAUAAACGUGGAUGUGCUAUUCAAA